AUGGUGAUGAAGCAAGCUCAAGUGGUUGGCCUACCACACGCUGCUUCUCUUCUCAAACCGGACAAUGUAAAAACUAUGGACGAAUGGCUCUCAUUUCUCAAAGAACGAACUAGUCAAGAAACUAGACAACACAAAAGUGAGACACCUAAUGCAAUUUCAAGGACUGAUGUUUGGAUCUAUGGAUACGAAAAGAGAAAAAAGAAUGAGGAUGAUGACGUUGAAGAUCCAGAUUUAGUGAAAGAAGUGAAAAAGUACAAAAAAGAACCAGGACAACAGAAAUGUUCUAUUAAAGAUGAUGCUGUAGCAAAAGUACUCGGUCCUGAUCCACGAGGACGAGUAAGAGGAAUGGGGUUCGGGGUUCGUGUUCGUGAUCAAUUCAAUAGAUUGGAAAAUGAGGUUAUAGAAUUGAAAAACCAAAUGACAGAUCUUCUUACUCGAAUAGCAACAGGGGAGAUUAACAUUGAGAAGGAAAACUUAAGUGUCCAACAUUCUGCUAAUGAGAGUGUACAAAGCAAACAAAAGGUAAAUAAUAAUGUUCAAAAUUCUGCUAAUGAGAUGGCACAAAGCAAACCAAAGGAAAAUCCAGCUGAGAAUGCAAAGUGUAAACUGUUAAAUUGGAUUGGGACGAGUGAAGUUGUUGGAAAUUGGGAAAUUGCAUCAACUGAUCCCAAUUCAUUAGUCCAUCAUGUGCCUCUUGGUCACGAGUGCUGGAAAGUUUGGCCUUGUAUCGACCAACACGUGAGUUCUUUCUUCUUUGCGAAGCAUUAG